UUAUGCUUUGUUCUGAGAGCUUACGGUAUUAGCAACUGCCGUAUUAUUUAAACGAUUUACUGAUAAUCUGUUGGUUUAGACCUCAGACGUAGCCCUGGCAAAGGGGUUGGUUUUCCAUUCGAGUCUGAAAGACGUACCGAUCGACAGUGAUGAGAGUGAGCCAAACGUUGUAUCUUCCGUUAACGGCGAUCACCUCAAAGUCGAAAACGAGUCGCCAUCGAUUGCCAGCCGAAAGUCGUCGAUCAGUUCAUCACAUCUGAACUUUGUCGUACAUCGAUUGUUUCUUCUGGGCUGUCCACUGGGCUUAGUGUUGACUUGUAGAGCUUUGCAGUCCCUUUCUGGAACCUUACAUGUUCCAAGCGUCAGUCAAGUGUACAACUUAUAUUACGCUGUCGACUCGUACUCGUUUCGACUUGAGCCGCUACUCGUUACUCAGUUCGCUUCGAUUACUCCUCAAAUGGUACCUCGAUACGAGCGGUUCCCGCUUGGUGAUGAUCAAUCCACACAUAUUUUGGACUGCGUUCAAAAAAGCGCAGUCUCAGUUUCGAUGCCACAGAGGUGCUCAGGAAUAACGCUGCCAAGAGCAGAGAUGGUAAUUUACUGGUGUUCGAAUUGGAGUUUUCUAUUGGAGUUUUUAAACCGAUUUGUAGCAGCUGGUGGCCAGGAUGUCGCAGGCGAUAUCUUGUCAAAGUGGUGGGGUUCUAAGCGGAUCGACUAUUCGCUGUAUUGCCCGGAAGGAAUCUCUUCGUUUCCUGUCGCAGCCCUGCCAAACAUUUUACACUCGAGUUUCUGGGAGUCGAGGGACGUCGCUGCAUUCAUCAUUCGCCAGUUGACUUCCGUCGAAACUUUCACGUCAAAGCCUCAAGCAUCAGAGCAGUUUCGGUCUCUGAAGCCGACUGAGCGAUGGCGUCGAAGACACACGUCCUUCAAAAUCCGUAACAUCGCCCCCAACCACCGCGCCAAUGAUGUAAUUCUGAAUGAGAACGCGCCACAGCUUAUACACGUAAGUGGCGACAGCGUCUUUUUUUCGUUUUGGUGGAUUGUAGCCAUCCUUCACUUGCAGCGUGCGGCCAAGGUUUGA